AUGGCCGCAGAAGCAAAACUCACGGUCGGAACAACCAAACAAGAAGCAACACUCUCUCUUCCCCCUCCCUCUUCCCGCCGCCCCACUGGCCAGACUGGUAGGGUGAGUCCGCUCACUCUGGCAGCCUGGAAUGUUCGUUCCCUUUUAGACAAUCCCAGGGGCAGCCGGCCGAAACGAACGCCGCCACUCGCUCAAGAACCGGCGCACUACAAGGUGGAUAUCGCUGCACUCAGCGAGACCCGCUUUUCCUAACAAGGCCAAUUGGACGAGGUGGAAGCCGACUGCGUCUUCUUCUGAAGCGGCCGUCCCAAAACAGGCGUGACGCGGGCGUCGCCUUUGCCAUCCGAAAUGACAUCGUGGGAUUACUGUCCUCUCUGCCGCAGGGCAUCAACGAUCGCCUGAUGAGCCUCCACCUGCCUCUCCGGGGAGGCAAAUUAGUCACCAUCAUCAGCGUUCACGCUCCUCUGAUAGUCCGCACUGCCAGGCACGGAACAGGCUUUACGAGGGCCUGCACAUCCUUCCGGCGACUGUACGGAAGGAGACUAAGUUUAUUGUCCUUAGUGACUUCAACGUCCAUGUCGGCACAGGCAAUGGUGCCUGGAGAGAAGUGCUGGAUCUCCCCGGAAUCGCCGACUGCAACGACAAUGGCCUCCUUCUCCUACAAAACUGCGCUGAACGCCGCCGCGUCCUUCUGA